AUGGCGGACGGCAACAUUGAUGACGAAGCGCACUCUUGUCUCCCGCCGGAAGGCAGCGCUGGGGAGACACCUUCUGCUGUUUUGUCGUGGGCACCCACGUCCGAGUCCCAAGAGAGCAUCGGCGCUCUGCACAGAGUGUACAACGACUUCGAGAAGAUCUGCUCGGGCUUCUGGGCCGCUAACAUGAUCCGCACCGUUGACAACGGCGAUAUGCGAUGUCCAGAGAACACGAUGCGUGUCUUUGCGCGUUCGCACGUAACGCACUGCGUGGGGCGAAUCACAGAAGCCAUUGUUCUGGACAAGGGGAGACCUGACGUGGCAGCAGCCGUCAUGAUGCAGCUCCUAGAAGACGGCGAUGCUGACGUGGCCGCCAACAUGGCAUCAGCGCCGGUGAAGCGGGGCAAGCCCGCGGCUUCGUUCCGAGUCUUUGACCUCAUGAUGCGCGAAGGCGAAAGCGCCGCUGCAGCCGACGUGCUGUUCCAUAUUGUCCGGGAAGGCGACGCGCCGGUGGUGGCUGAUCUGCUGACAGCGCUGGUGAUGUUGGGCGAAUUGAAGCAUGCACGGGACGUGGCCGCUUUGCUCAUCGCCCGCGGUAGGCACGGCGCUGAGCUGGCGGAGGCUCUGGGGUGGAUGAUCCGGGUGGGCGAGGCGGCAGCGGUGGCGGAGAUCGUGGCAGCGGUGGUGAAAGCGGGGGGACUGGUGCUGGCGUGCGAUCCCCCCGUCGCGGCGGUGGUCCUGGGGGGCGCUGCCCCAGGUCAAUCCCCGGUACUUGAGCUCAUCAGGAUGGGCCACGUGGAUGUUGUGGCGAAGAUCUGUGGCGAGGUAAUCUGUCAAAAAAGGCUGGACCUUGUCUGCGGCUGUUUUGAGGCACUGGCUGACUCAGGCCGCCCAGACGCCGUAACUGAGGUGGUCCAAAUUCUGGCGAUGUUGCAUCGGCCAGCUGUCAUCGCACAGAUUGUUGCGGAGCUCGUCGGGAGGCAACGCCUGGACCUGGCUGCCAGCUGCCUGGCAGCGCUGCUUCAUGGGGAGCUUCUUUGGGCGGCGGCUGCCACAGAAGACCACAUGGCUGCAGCCAGAGUCGAGUUGGAGCUGUCCAGGAGAGGCCUGGAGGCGCAGAUGGUUCACACAUCCAUGCUGCUCAUCAGGGGCGGCAAAGUGGAAGAGUGGGCGGCUAUUGCGGGAGAGCUGCUGCGAAUGGGAGAGACGGCUGCGGUGGCCGAACGGGUGGCGGCUCUCAUGGAUGUGAUUGGUCCGUACCUGACAUCGUCUGCUGUGGCGUUCCUGGCCCAUAGAACCAGCGCCAGAGCGGUGGCGCAGCUGCUGUUGGAGCUCUGGGCGUCCGGCAGAAAUCACGCAGCCUCCGAGCUACUGGCAGCCGUGGCCAACCGGUCCCCCAAAAUUGCGCGCAACGCCGUCAUACUGAUGGGGCAGGCGCCUUCUGUGGCGGCGAUUUUGGUGAGGCUUGCGGGCACCGGGCACACGGAUGCGGUCGUGCGAAUCAACAGAGCUGUCAGGGCAAUCGGGCGCAGUACAAAUAGGCACUCGAUGACAACAGUGUAA